AGAGCGGGACGGGAUUAACAGCUGAGCUGGAGACCUGGAGGUGAGGAGAGACUCUGCUCAUGAAAAAAUGGCAUCAGCUAAUGAGCUUCAUUACGGACACAGAGAUUCUGUGGAUCAAAACUUUGAUUAUAUGUUCAAGAUCCUAAUCAUCGGGAACAGCAGUGUGGGAAAGACCAGCUUCCUGUUCCGGUAUGCUGAUGACUCCUUCACACCAGCAUUCGUCAGCACGGUCGGCAUUGAUUUCAAAGUCAAAACCAUCUACAGGAACGACAAGAGGAUCAAGCUGCAAAUAUGGGACACAGCUGGUCAAGAGCGGUACAGAACAAUCACUACAGCAUAUUACAGAGGAGCCAUGGGCUUUAUAUUGAUGUAUGAUAUCACUAAUGAGGAGUCUUUCAGCGCUGUUCAGGACUGGUCCACUCAGAUUAAGACAUACUCAUGGGAAAAUGCUCAGGUGCUGUUAGUGGGAAAUAAGUGUGAUCUGGAGGAGGAGAGAGUCGUCACUGUGGACCGAGGGAGAGAGCUCUCACAGCAACUUGGUUUGGGGUUUUUGGAGGCGAGUGCGAAGGUGAACGUGAACGUGAAGCAGACGUUUGAGUGUUUAGUGGACGUAAUCUGUGAGCGAAUGAAGGAGACUCCGGACUCACUGACAAACAGCGGCGCCCCUCAGAGGGCAGAUCUGAAUCAACAACCACAACGCUCACACAAAGACUGUGCAUGCUGAACACUCGUGUCUGUGUGUAUAGAGAAGGCC